CUGCUUCUUAAGCUAACUGCAGUGAACUUGCAUGGCGAUUUUCUUCAACCCUACUUAUCAGUAGACGCUCCUGUUGAGGUGCUAACGUCUGUGUUAACUUCCAUUGAUGUCCUGGACAUCUCUGUGAGAUGGUUGCAGUUCCAUCUUUAAUUUUUUGUAUCACUUUUUUUGCUAUAGUAUUCUGACUGAUAAGUAAAGCUUUGCUGAUGUUCUUGUAGCCUUCAUCUUUCUUGUGUAAAGAAGUUCUUUUAUUUCUCAGGCAUUGUGCCAUUUCUCUUCCAUGCGGUGCCACUGCUAACAGCAU